GAUGUGCAGGUUGACGUCACGCAUCUUCUGUCGUCUUCCGGCUGAAAAUAACAACAGCUUUGCCCACUGCCCGGACCUACCGCGAUCCACGGAGCUCGAAGUGAGAAAGACACCGCUGUGCCGGACAUGGCUGGCUUUGUGAAUAAGUUGAGUUCUUACACCUUAACUCAGUUAAACGAACUGCUCGAAGAUGACGAAAAACUCAACAAAUUUAUUGACGAGUCGGAAGAGAUUAAAGGACUACAGCAGAACAAGGAGAUGACCCUGGCUAGUAACCGUCAUCUUGCUGAGCAGAACCUUAAACUCCAACCCAGACUUGACCACCAAAAGAAUGAACUGACCAGGCGGUCCCGGAGCCUACAGGAGCUGUUUGAGGCCUAUCAACUGCGCAAGUCCACUCUAGACGACAGAUCUGGAAACACUCCCUUGGACACAUUGCUCGCACUCCUACAAGCAGAAGGGGCCAAAAUCGAGGAAGAAACCGAGAACAUGGCCGAAUCACUCCUCGAUGGUGCGACCCCCCUGGACACAUUCAUUGAUGAGUAUCUGAGUAAGAGGAAGCUGGCGCACAUAAGGAGAGUCAAGAUAGAGAAGCUCCAGGAAGUGGUGCUGAAAGGACACCACAUGGCCCCGGUUGCACCUCAGCCCUCUCGCUCUCAGGACCUUCACUCCAGGCCAGCCGCUCUCCAUAUAGAGGUCAAUGCUUCCCCCGUGCCGCUGCCCCGGCGGGCUCCUCCUCUUCCCCCUGUUAAAGUCUCCCAAACUCCUCCUGCUCAGCCCACCGCAGACGUCUCCUACACUCCUACCUCUCCAUUCACUUCAGCCUCUCCAUUCACUCCCACUUCUCCAUACCCCCCUAUUCCCCCUAGAGUAGGAAACACACCACCCAUUCUUAACCAGGGAUACCACAACAUGUACAUGCAGCAAUAUGCCCCACCCGUGCCCCAGAGACCCCCUCCACGUAUGGCACCCCAGCCAGGCUUCAUCAUUCAGUGAGCAAGGGACAUUAAGCUCUAUGGAGAAAAAGCACAGUGAAGACUGGACAUUCAUUCAAGCCUUUUUUAGGUCCUUCAAGCUGCAUGUUAUAAAAUUUUGCGCCAAGUUGAAGUCUUGUCAUGUGUAAAAUAACAAGACAUUUCUGCAAUCAAAGGGGCAUCUGCAACAGGAUCUUCAAUUUGCACUUUAGACUACUUUCGUAUUUGAUCAGUCAUGACUGGUUAUGGAGUCAUGCUGUUACCGUUCUGCCCUUCUCAGUGGUGUUAGAGCAAGUUAAAAAGUUGACAUGAGCAUCAGGGGCCUACAUACUUAAUGAAGAUCAAGAAUAGGCGUUCUGUGAGGCCAUCUAGACAGAUAUGAAGAGUUACGAUUUGAUGUUUUAAUUUCUGUUUGACCAUGCUAUUAUGUCAGUUCAACCACUUUAACAUCUUCUGACAUUUCAUACCGGAAAAAGCUGCUUUAACAAAAAAGUAGUGCCUAUGCAAACAUACUGAGACCGAACUGUGCUGAGCUUUUUUGGGGGGAAGAAACAAAACCAUUUUUUGCUCUUCAGGUUUUCUCAAACCUGCAGCCAAAGAUGCUCUUUGUUUUACCAGUGGAUCCAGUUUUGUGCUGGUGGCAGUCAAACAUAUUUAAUACAAAUCUGAGUUAAAUGUGGGUGAAGUCAUUUAGUACUGAUGUGGUGAAUGAGACUGGGUGAUGAAGAGGGGCUUUAUGUCUCAUAUACGAGCUAAUACGCACUAACGGAUGGAGCUUAUUGGCUAGAAUUUGAAAGGCGUGAAAGUGAAUGGUAGUAUGUGUGGAAAAAAUUAGCAAAUCUCUUUUUUUUUUUAAAGAUUGAAUGUGAACAUUUGUGAAGCAUACGUGCUUAUAAUGUCAUUACCAUGCAUACUUAAACUGUCGCUGAUGCAUAAUUGACCAUUUUAAUGUUUAUAUCUAACACCAUAAUCCUCCUUGUGUUUAUUUUUGCCAUCUGGCGUGAAGAUGUUAAUUGGACAUGUGUUUCCUUUCCAUAAGCUCCCACAUUUUAAAUGAUAUUUAUUGUAUUCAAACUAAUAUAGCCAUACCAUAUUACUUUUUCCCCCUCAUAAUUUUAGUGGUAAAAUUGGACUUACCUACACCAUCUGGUCUGUUACAUAUCAUAUCUCUAUCCUUAAUAUGUAGUAUAACCUUUUAUUCGUGCCUUUUGAUUUCACCCUGGAUCUGUUUUCAGUGUCUGUUCAAGUGCCCUUUACCUAAAUAUCAGUUGUUCAUGAUUAACCAGUUAGAGCCAUAAUUAGGUUGCUUCAAAUUCAGGAAGUUGACCUGAUAGAAACAUUGUUUGCAGGAAGUCCUCUCUUUAAUCACUGGUGCUACUACAUUUAAUGAGCUGAACCCAGAUGAUGUUAAUAUGCACGCUCUGUUUGAAUUAAAUCACUCCAUGUUUGGAUAUCUGCUUUAUUAUGUUGAUGCUUAUGAGCACCAGAUCGAGAGAGGGAAUUAUCUGGGUCCCUCAUGAAUCAGGCUGUAUUAUGUUUAGACAUUUACUAAAUACCUGUGAAAACUAUUAUGUACUAUGGCAGGAAUGCACACAAUCUGGAAAAACAAGCGUGCACCCUUAAAAAUUGUUUAUGUAUCAACAUGGUCUUUCUUUUCUUAGAAAUGAUACUGAUCGCUAGGCCUGUAAAAGUUAACUCGGCUGUAUGCGUUUGCUGGAAAUAAAAUAGUGCUUUGUACUUUUUUCUAAUAUAAAAUAUGCAGACUAAGUGCUAGGUAAUGUCUUCCAAAAGUGGUAGACAUGGUAAAUGGAACUGAAAUCUCUAUUUUAAAGAUAAUAAACGAUAUCCCAUCA